GUGAUACUGGUGAGAUUCGUGCUGAAGUGAGAGAACUAAUAGAUACCAAGGUUGCAGAGUGGAGGGAGGAAGGAAAGGCAGAAAUUGUGCCUGGUGUCCUCUUCAUUGACGAAGUACAUAUGCUUGACAUUGAGUGUUUCUCUUUCCUAAACAGAGAUCUGGAGAAUGACAUGGUACCUACAUUGGUUGUUGCGACCAAUAGAGGCAUUACUAUAAUCCGGGGAACAAACUACAGAUCCCCACAUGGAACUCCAAUUGACUUUCUUGAUCGCCUGCUCAUCAUCUCUACACAACCUUACAAAGAGGAAGAAAUUCGAAAAAUCCUGGACAUCAGAAGCCAAGAGGAGGAUGUAGAAAUGUCGGAGGAUGCAAGAGUUCUAUUGACCAAGAUCGGGGUGAAUACCUCUUUGAGAUACGCCAUCCACCUUAUUACUUCUGCAGCAUUGGCUUGCCAAAAACUGAAAGGGAAGGUUGUGGAAGUGGAAGACAUUACUCGAGUCUAUAAUCUGUGUUAUGAUGUGAAGAGAUCCACACAGUACUUGAUGGAGUAUCAGAGCCAGUACAUGUUUAAAGAAAUAUCAGCAGGAGAGGCCAAAGAAGAUGAAACUACUGCAAUGGUGUCCUGA